AUGCCAAGCCGACCCACGGAGCUGCACGGACCCACAGCCCGACCCACGGAGCUGCACGGACCCACAGCCCGACCCACGGAGCUGCACGGACCCACAGCCCGACCCACGGAGCUGCACGGACCCACAGCCCGACCCACGGAGCUGCACGGACCCACAGCCCGACCCACGGAGCUGCACGGACCCACAGCCCGACCCACGGAGCUGCACGGACCCACAGCCCGACCCACGGAGCUGCACGGACCCACAGCCCGACCCACGGAGCUGCACGGACCCACAGCCCGACCCACGGAGCUGCACGGACCCACAGCCCGACCCACGGAGCUGCACGGACCCACAGCCCGACCCACGGAGCUGCACGGACCCACAGCCCGACCCACGGAGCUGCACGGACCCACAGCCCGACCCACGGAGCUGCACGGACCCACAGCCCGACCCACGGAGCUGCACGGACCCACAGCCCGACCCACGGAGCUGCACGGACCCACAGCCCGACCCACGGAGCUGCACGGACCCACAGCCCGACCCACGGAGCUGCACGGACCCACAGCCCGACCCACGGAGCUGCACGGACCCACAGCCCGACCCACGGAGCUGCACGGACCCACAGCCCGACCCACGGAGCUGCACGGACCCACAGCCCGACCCACGGAGCUGCACGGACCCACAGCCCGACCCACGGAGCUGCACGGACCCACAGCCCGACCCACGGAGCUGCACGGACCCACAGCCCGACCCACGGAGCUGCACGGACCCACAGCCCGACCCACGGAGCUGCACGGACCCACAGCCCGACCCACAGAGCUGCACGGAGCCACAGCCCGACCCACGGAGCUGCACGGACCCACAGCCCGACCCACGGAGCUGCACGGACCCCCAGUGCUGCGAGGACCCUCGGCCCAAGCCACAGAGGGAGACCUGCCCACUGAUUCCAUUGGGGGGCCCAGCCUGGCACCCCAGCAGGGGGAAGGAGCUGGCAAUGGGCCCCGUCCUGUGCAAUUUGGUUCAGUCCCCACGGCCGUGCUGGCACUGCUGGGCAUCACCCUGGCCCUGGUGGGGGUUGUGACUUACCUGCUGUGCCAGAGGAACCGGAGGCCCCACCAGGUACUUGGCAUCCCACACAGAAGCCCCGGUAAUGGGCUGCUGUACUACCCCUGCGAUCGGGGAUGAGAUGGCUGUGCUCGCAAAUGGUGCCCCCUCAAUCUGCAGCUCUGAGCCCCAUGGGAUUUCAGGGGGUGUGGUAUGGAGGGGAGAGUUUGUAGUGGGAAGAUGUGAUGCCCAGCCUUCCAUUGGACUAGUCCCCCUGGCU